AAUUAUUAUAACCUAUUUGCUUCUUUUACAGUUCAUAAAAAAUAAUGCCGUGCAUAUAUAGUAAUUAAUAAAAUAUAGUUCAAGGAAUUCAAACAUUUGAAAAAACAAACAUGACUGCGUUUGAAGAAUUUGGAGUUUUACCGGAAAUUGCAAAAGCUGUAGAAGAGUUAGGCUGGAUCUUACCAACAGAUAUACAAGCAGAGGGUAUACCGUUGGUUCUAGGCGGAGGUGAUGUACUAAUGGCUGCUGAAACUGGUAGUGGUAAAACGGCAGCGUUCUGUCUUCCUAUUAUACAAAUCGUUUGGGAAACGUUGAAGGACAUAGAGUCAGGCAAAGCCAACAGGAUUUCAAAAUCGACAUCACCUCCAUGGACAAUGUCGAUAAUGGAUAGAGGAAAUGCAUUUGCUGUUGAUCCUACAGGCUUAAGGGUGCAGUCCAGAGAACUGCGUGAAUGGCAUGGAGGAAGAUGUACUUGUGGAGUUCAGGGAAGUGGUAAAUGGGGUUUUGAAGCUACAGUCACUGAUGAAGGACUGUGUAGAGUGGGUUGGUCUACUUUAGAAGCUUCCUUAGAUCUUGGGACUGAUAGAUUUGGAUUUGGUUUUGGUGGUACAGGGAAAAAGUCAAAUAACAAACAAUUUGAUAAUUAUGGAGAGGCAUUUGGCAAAAAUGAUGUAAUUACCUGCCUGUUGGAUUUAGAUAAAGGAGAAAUUGCAUUUUUAAAGAAUGGAAUUGAUUUGGGAAGUGCCUUCACUGUUGACAAACAACUUAGGAAUUCUGCCUUCUUCCCGGCAGUAGUUUUAAAGAAUGCAGAAAUAGCAUUAAACUUUGGAAGUACAAAAUUUAAAUAUACUUUACCUACUGGCUUUUGUCCUAUUUGCUCAACUCCAAGAGAUUUGACUGUCAUAAAUACAAAUGGCUAUUCAUCUUUGGACACUAAUAAAAGCACCAAGAACGCAAAAAAUGCCCCUUUUGCUGUUAUAAUUGAGCCUUCUAGAGAACUUGCCGAACAAACGUGUUCUCAAGUAAAAAAUUUUAAGAAGUAUUUGGAAAAUCCCAAAAUUAAAGAGCUGCUCGUAAUAGGUGGCAUCAAUAUCAAAGAUCAAAUUUAUGCUUUACAAAAUGAAGGCGUUGAUAUUAUAGUAGGAACUCCAGGUCGACUCGAAGAUCUUAUUCAAGGCGGAUAUUUAUCGCUAGCGAAUUGUCGAUUUUUUGUGUUAGAUGAAGCAGAUGGUUUGUUAAAACAGGGUUAUACCGAAUUAAUUGAAAGACUUUAUCGACAAAUGCCAAAACUGACUACUGACGGUCGUAGACUACAAAUGAUCGUCUGCAGUGCUACAUUACAUGCGUUUGAAGUUAAAAAAAUGGCAGAAAAGCUUAUGCAUUUCCCGACUUGGAUAGACUUGAAAGGAGAAGAUGCUGUCCCGGAAACAGUUCAUCACGUUAUAGUCAAAGUGGAUCCACAGAAAGACCGAAGCUGGUGUAGUUUACGUAAGCACAUUCAAACCGACGGGGUUCACAGUCAAGACAACAUCCGUCCCGGAAUGAACAGUCCUGAAGUCUUAAGUGAAGCUGUCAAACUACUAAAGGGCGAAUAUGUGGUAAAGGCCAUUGAUGAGCACAACAUGGAUCGAGCGAUCAUUUUUUGUCGUACAAAAUUAGACUGCGACAAUUUGGAACGUUAUUUUAAGCUAAUAGACGCUAAAAAAUAUUCCUGUGUAUGUUUACAUGGAGAUCGAAAGCCGCACGAACGCAAAGCCAAUCUUGAAGCGUUUAAAAAAGAACAAGUCAAAUUUCUGAUUUGUACCGAUGUGGCCGCAAGAGGUAUCGAUAUUACAGAAUUGCCGUUCAUGAUUAAUGUCACCCUUCCCGAUGAAAAGUCCAAUUACGUGCAUAGAAUUGGGCGUGUUGGCAGAGCCGAACGGAUGGGUCUUGCAAUCAGUCUAGUUAGCACUGUACCCGAAAAGGUUUGGUAUCAUGGGGAAUGGUGUAAGACGAGAGGACGUAACUGUUGGAAUACAAGAUUAACAGACGAUGGUGGCUGUUGUAUGUGGUACAACGAAAUGCAGUAUUUAGCCGAUAUUGAAGAGCAUUUGAAUAUUACCAUUCAACAAAUCCAACCAGACAUGAAAGUACCUUGCGAUGAAUUCGAUGGAAAAGUGGUUUACGGACAAAAAAGGAAAUUAACAGGAUCUACUUAUCAAACCCAUACUGUCCAAAUGGCUCCCAUUGUUAAAGAACUGGCCAAACUUGAAAGCGAAGCACAAAUUAUCUUUCUAAAAAGGCAUUACUUGAAAAUAUGUCGCAGAGUUUAAAUUCAUUUUAUUAACUAUUAUACAAUUAGAUUACGAUAAAUUACAGGUUUUGCUAAUUUUUGAUUGUUUUCCAAAUAAAAAUGGUAGAGCUGCUUUUUUUCCAAAAAAGAAAUGAGCCUGUGACUUUGAAAAUAUAUAUUUAUAUGAAUAAAAUAAAAAUGUAUGUAAUUUUGCCAGCUUUACUGUUAAAUCGCCUAGGGAUGGUUUGGUUGUAGUUGUUCUACGUCUACCGUUCAUAAUAUACAAGUUUGGAUGGGAUGGGCUAGGAGUUAUGAAUAUAAAUGUGUCAAAAUUA